AUUUUGAUGACAUUUGGUAACGUACGCGUUGAACCCGCAGACCAUCCACGAUCCUUACAAGCACGCCACACGCAUCCACGAUCAAAAGGUCGAACACCUUCCUUCCUUCGUUCCGCCCUCGGCCGCCGCUUGCCGCCCGCCGCCCGCGGAUCCAGUACCUCGCUCUCGUCCCGUCGCCACUGGGGAAAUGGAGGACGCACCGGCCGCGGCGCUGAAGGCGGUUACAUUGACCCACGUCCGGUACCCGCGGGGCGACUCCCUGGGCCACUUCCUGGCGUGGGUGUCCCUGAUCCCGGUCUUCAUCAGCUUUGGUGGGUUCAUCUCCCACUUCAUCUUCCGGCGGGAGCUGCAGGGCCUCUGCUUCGCCCUCGGCCUCAUUAUCUCCCAGGUCAUCAACGAGCUCAUCAAAUCCUCCAUCCACCAGUCCCGCCCCUCGUCGAUGUGCGCCGUCCUCGAGGUCUGCGACUCCCACGGUUGGCCCUCCAGCCACUCGCAGUUCAUGUUCUUCUUUUCGACCUACUUUUCCCUCCUCUGCCUCAUCAACGGCGUCGGCGUCUCCUCCCCCAGCUCUAGACGCAUCAUCGCCCUCCUCCCGUGGCCUUCCGCCUUCCUCACCCUCUACUCGCGCGUCUACCUCGGCUACCACACCGUCCCCCAGGUGCUCGCGGGAUCGACGCUGGGGCUGCUGCUCGGGGCCGGGUGGUACUGGAUCGUGAACACGAUGCUGGUGGACUUCUUUCCGGCAGUGGAGGAGAGCGCGAUCGGGAGAUUCCUGUACAUCAAGGACUCGACGCACAUCCCGAACGUGCUCAAGUUCGAGUACGACAAUGCAAGGGCUGCCAGGAAGAAACCAGCCAAGGAUUGAACGAACCCCGCUGUUUAUCUGUUGGAAAAAGAUUGAGAUCAAACAUGGCGUACAAUAUCCUGAUUCCAGUAUGAAGCCAGGCAUACAUGAACCUGCUGUCUCCAGAGGCAUGUAUAGAAGAUCUUGAAAGAUGAUCUUGCUCCUGGUACUGUUCUCCUGCUAUCUGUUGCUUGUUAAGUCAUUAAGAUGAGACAAUCAUAUUUUCGUAGGUUUAUUCCGACAUUGUUUUCCGCUUGAUGAUAACUGCAUUUGCACUCGAUUAUCAUGAAUAUUUGUAAUUUCAAAUACUGUAUAAAUCUUUAUCUUCAAAGUUCUUCA